AUGGUAUGGGUUGAGACAAUUAGAAAAAGUGCGGGGAAUACCAUAGUUAAAGUUGAGAAGCAAUGGCAUUCUGCUGGAUUGCCUGUUUGUGGAAGAGAAAACGCUGUAAAAAAAUUGAUUGAAUUACAUUUUAAGUGGAAAGGUUUACAGAAAAAUAAAAGCAAGAAAAAUUCACCAGCUCAGAUGAAAAAUCAGUCUCUUUUUCAAACAAAGUUGGCUGAACUCUUUGAUAUUACGGAUCAGAAAAGUCUUCAAUCAAUAAAUUACGAUAAAAAGAUUUUUUUAGAAGGGCAAAAAUCUUCGAAUCGAAGAGGAAUUAUAAAUUUAAGUUCACAACCAGACACUGAAGCAGAUGUGAUGAUAGCCGAUGAAAUAAAUCAGCCAGUGAAAGAUAAACAGAUCUCAAUAAUUAAACAAGAAUCUGAUCUAAUAACAUCCCAGUCAUCAGCGAGCUUGACUUCAAAAUCAGUCUCCGAUUUUGAAAAUGAAUUAACACCGCCUAUUGUUCCUAAAAUUAACGUGAUGACACCAGAAUUAGUUGCUGCAUUAAGUCGAUCGAAUGUUUCUUGUAGAAAUGCCAUGUACAUUAUUUCUACGACUCUGCAACGCGUUGGAGUUGACUUAACUAGUGUAAACAUC